AUGGAACGUCCUAGAAGCAACAGCAUUCGUGAUUCACUAGGACAAUAUAACGGGUCUACUGGAGUUUCUUUAGCUACACUCGCAGUCAUACUCCUGGCCUUGUUCUCACCAGUACCUCACAAACAUCCCACAAAGAGUAGCACAAGACCUUGGCUCGCAUUGUCCUUAUACAUUCAACAACCCCAAGUUGCUAGCUCUACUAUGCACCCGGUGGCCCCAAAAGAUGCCGGAGCCUUGAUCUUCCAUCGGACACUAACAGAGGGACCUGAGAUCACUUCUCCGGUGGUCGGAAAAGCUCAGGGGUUCAUCAUUCCAAUCGAACAGUUUGCGCAUUCAGCAUUUAAUAUCAUUUAUCUCACCUUCGAUACGCAUGAAUAUUCAGGUAGCCUUUCUGUCCAAGCCAAGAAUGUAGCCCAGAAGGACAAAGAAGAACUCACUGUUGUUGGUGGAACAGGUUCUUUCGCUUUUGCUCGUGGGGUUGCUGUUUUUGCUCAAACAAACAGGCAUACGUCUAAUUUCGAUGCAAUUUAUCACAUUAAGCUGCAUCUAAAAUUCCCAAAUCGUUCUCAAACAAUACCUGGAUAA